AACAAACUUUAUGGCAUCCCUGGUUUACGUGCUUUCGGUUUUGUAAAGGACGUGCAGAGUAAGAUUAGCGCAUUUUUAAACGAUUUACAGUGUCAUACACAUUGAAAAGUUAAAUAAUGUCAACAACUAUCGAUUUGGAAGACCCGGACUUCCUGCUUGCUCGUCAGCUUCAAGACCAGUACGACCGGGAACUGGUGGAACUAAGUUCGGGAGAAGACGAUGAUUUGUUACUCCUAUCGGGUUCCGAAGAGCGGGAACCGGUUCAUCACAUCGAACUAUCCGAUAAUGAGGACGAAGUUUUCCUUGUGGCACGAAUCCCAGGGGAAACAGUCACCGACAGUAAACCCCCGCGCAUCAAAGAAGAAGAUGAAGCUGAGAACUCCCAAUUCGAAUGCUCGUACCGGGCGAAACGAACCGAUCUGAAUGGAGACGAAUAUUUUAUCGAGGAACUGCAAACUUAUGUGGAUCCUGAGAAUAAUUUUGAGUGGAAAUUCGUAGAAACGAUGCCGGACAUCAAAGCGAUUUUUCUACGCUUGGACGAGCUGUUUUUUCUGGGACGAUUCAAAACCAAACGGUUUGCUGUAAUAUGGAGUCGAACGAUUGGAAAAGAUUGUACCAGCAGAAACUUCAACGACGCCGACGGAAGAUACACCGUAGCCUUGAACGAAGUGUUGCUUAAUUUGAGACCUCGGAUUGAAAUAAUCAGUGUUUUGCUGCAUGAAAUGAUUCACGCUUAUCUAAAAUUGGAAGGCGUUAAAGAGCCUAACGGUGGGCAUGGCAGCAAUUUUCGAAAAAUUAUGGUUUUUCUUAAUCGAAUGUUGCAAACAAAUAUUUCCUUCAGCCAUCGAUUGACCAACAUUGACACUUUAUGUCGAACUCAAUGGUACCGGUGCACCGGAAUCUGCGGCAACUACAAGCCAUUCAACGGGAUUGUCCGAUCCACGGAAGGACCACCGGGGAUACAAAACGAAUGGUGGAAAACUCAUGCCGAGGAUUGCGGUGGAACAUUUUAUAAAAUCUACGAAAUGAGUAAAGUAGUGGAUGAUGAAGUGUCAACGCGCUAUGCGGUGAAUGUAAAAUAUAUGAAACCGAAGCGGGAAAACAUUCGUGGCCGACUCAAGAUUACGCAAGCUGCGAAAGAAUCAAUCGAUCUAACCAGUGGUAAACCCCGCAUAAUUCCUUCCUUGACCGAAACGAUCUCAUUGGAUGACGACGCUAAUGUCGGUAGCGCCGAAGAGACGAAGGCAGCUGACAAAUUCAUUCAAAGUUUCAACCGAACGGUCGCUCUCUCCCAAGAUACCUAUGCCAUGCAAUGUCCCAUCUGUCAGGAGCGUGUAAAAAAGAAGCUGUUUGGAAAUCAUAUCGAUGGCUGCAUAGGAAUAGUUCAGCGAGUCAGCUGGAAAAGGCGCGCCGGCCAAGUGGUGCAGAAUGGCAUACUAGAGAAUCGUGUUGGUCUUCACGUUCAAGAAUCGCAGCCACCGGUUCCGGCUCCAGUUGCUGGCAGACGUUUGGGUUCAUCUUCUAGUAUUGAUGCAUACCAGCAAAUUAAACGACAGCGAUUCUUUUAAGUUGCCAUGAAAUUUGUUUAUUUUUUGUAAUAUUCCAUGUUCUAAAAUGACAAAAUCUCUUGUAUUAUGUUUGUUAAACAUUAUUUGUUUUU